AAAACACACACACAUCCACCGUUUUCUUGAAAAAUACUAACUACUAACAGAUAACAAUAAGAAUAAGAAGAAGAAUUGAAAAUUGUUUGAUUUUGUUGUUUAUGAGUAUUAACAGAGAUGAUAGCUUACACUGUUUCUCCUGCUCUCUUCUCACCGCCAUUAACUAGGGUUUCUAUAUUCUUCCACUCUUCUUCUUUAUCGUUUCCAUCACUCAAGUCCAGGUCUAUUUGUCCUUGUUUCUUUUCCUCUUCUUCUUCUUCUCCGUCUCCUCUCAACGCUAAUCCAAUCCCUCAACUUAUUAACCACGACGGCGAUGAUAAAGAAUCUCUUCUUUCUUCUCCGCAUAAUGUGAACCCGAAGAAGGAUAGUAAUACUAAUAAGCCUACUUUUCUUGAUGCUACAACUGAACAAGAGUUGCUGACCGGAAUUAGGGAGGAAGCAGAGGCUGGAAGAUUGCCUUUAAAUGUUGCAGCAGGGAUGGAAGUUCUUCUACAGAAUUAUAGAAAUGCAGUUUUUCAAAGUGGAAUUUCAAAUGCAGAAGAGAUUAUAGUGUCAAAUAUGGCUGUUGCAUUGGAUCGAAUGUUAAUGGAUGUUGAGGAUCCUUUUGUCUUUUCAUCUUUUCACAAAGCAUUGAGAGAACCUUUUGACUACUAUAAUUUUGGUCAAAAUUAUAUCCGUCCCCUGCUUGAUUUUAGGAACUCAUAUGUUGGCAAUGUUUCCAUUUUCCAUGAAGUGGAAGAAAAGCUUGAGCAGGGACACAAUAUUAUAUUGAUGUCAAACCACCAAACUGAAGCAGAUCCAGCUGUCAUUGCGUUGUUGCUUGAAAAAACAUACCCUCGCAUUGCUGAGAACCUGAUAUACAUAGCAGGUGAUAGAGUUGUGACAGAUCCUCUAUGCAAGCCAUUCAGCAUGGGAAGGAAUCUCAUCUGUGUAUACUCGAAAAAGCACAUGGGUGAUGAUCCUAAGCUUACUAAGAUGAAGAGAAAAGCGAACAUUCGAAGUUUAAAGGAGAUGGCCAUGAUUUUAAGGGAUGGGUCACGAAUUAUUUGGAUUGCUCCUAGUGGUGGAAGGGACCGCCCAGAUUCUUUGACAGGAGAAUGGUUUCCUGCGUACUUUGAUGCUUCAACAGUGGACAACAUGAGAAGGCUUACUGAACAUUCUGGUGUUCCGGGACAUAUAUAUCCAUUAGCAUUGUUAUGCCAUGACAUUAUGCCUCCUCCAGCUGAGGUGCAAAAGGAAAUUGGAGAAAGAAGAGUGAUCUCCUAUCAUGGAACUGGAUUCUCAAUCGCGCCGAAAAUGAGUUUCUCUGAAAUUGCUGCUGCUUGUGAAAAUCAUGAGGAGGCUGCGGAGGCGUAUGCACAGUUUUUAUACGGUUCUGUGGCUGAGCAAUACAAUGUGCUUAAAUCUGCAAUACAUGGCAAACGAGGACUGGCUGCAUCAACUUCUAGAGUCUUACUGUCACAACCAUGGAAUUAGUUAACCUCUAUAUGCUUAAUUAGCCAAAAGAUGAAGCGCUAUGCAGUAGCUUGAUAGCUGAAUUGAUGACCAUAGAGGAGCUCUUGAAGGAGUUAGGCAUGUACAGAUAAUUCCUAGUAAGUCGAAAGUUUCUACGAUAAUGUGUAUAUUCAUUCAAAGUUUUUAUAUUUGUAUGGGAUCACAUCUUUUGAGCCAAUUGCUUAAUAGGUAUUCUUUUAGUCUUACAAUUUCUUAUGAGAUUAAGAGGAUAUGCAGGAACAUUGGUUUUUCUUCCGAUUUAGGUUCUGGUUGUUUUAGAAAAGAGAUUUUGUUCUUUC